AUGGCGGCGGCGGAAGAGCACCAGCAGCGCCCACAGGCGGCCUCUCCGACGAGCGAGAAUGCGGCGCAUAUGGCCAACCAAGUUUCGUCCAAAUCGGCGCAGAAACCGCUUUGCAAUGACGUCGAGAAGGGUCGAGAACAGGCUUCAAGUGAGUUGGAUACCGAGAAAAGCAGCCAUACGUCGAUGAACAAGGCAAACACGGAGAUCGCAACAGGUUCAGAAGAUGCACCGCCCAAGCAGCUACCUGAUGUUGUCUCGGUUGGCAGCGUGAGCGCAGAUCCGGCAGCAGCAGGCACUGACAAAGAUACCGACGGAAAGACGGCGGAUCCAGUGGCUCUGGAGGACGCGCCCGUGCCUGUGGACGUGGACACUGAAGGACUUGAACAACAGGAAGACACGUUGGCGUCUGAGCAGUCGGUGGCGCACGUUGAAGUUGGUGCAGAGAAGAAGAGAUCGACGGAAGAACCUUCGGAGACUAUUGAGAAGCUGGUGGAAGUUGGAGUUGGUCAAGGUGCGACGGAGGAGACUAUUGUUGAUGUCGCUGCUACUUUGAAGGAGACCGUUGUUGCUAUGGAGGUGGAUGGGAGCGAGAAAUGUGGUGCACCUAUGAUGCAGUUGGAUGAAAAGACCAGAUCUACAGUUGCUGAAGGUAACCUGGCUGGAAAAACGACAACGGAGGAGACGACGAUCGCCGUGGAGGUCGUCUGCGAGCAGAAGGAGGUCACGAAUAUCACGAGUGCAAGUGAAGACGUUGAGAUGACUUCAAGUGAUGCGACCGAGACGCACGCAGACAACGCACAGCAGAGGACGAAUGAUGCAGCGCCUCGACUAAGGGUGGUGGAGGUGACCGAAGUGGUGGGGCAGAUUGUUCACUCGCUUGUGGAUAACGUGGUGGAGUUCUUGGAUGAUACUGUAUCUAUGCUCAGCAGCCCGAAUAUGCCUCACCUAAGUGCUGACGAGGCGUUUGAACUUCUCGAGGCGCACCAAGGCGAUGACCAUGUUCUACUUCCAGAGCAUGAUGAUGGUGCAGAUGCUGACGUAGAAGCCGAACCGACAAAGAACCGUGAGUACCAAUGGUUUGACGGGGACGACGAUGACGACGAGGGGGUCGCAAUUGAAGCGCCCUCCGUGCUGGACUUAUCAGAAACCACCGACGACGUGAUAUUUGGUGAUGCCAUCGAUCUGACGGGCGUCACACAGUCUCCUGGUGAUAAUAACGUUGACCACCUCAGUGACGGUAGUGGGGACAUGCUUGUCAUUAAUUCCAGCAAAGGUAGCAGUAGCAGCAGCUCGAGCUCUGCUUCAUCUGGGUCAUCAUCCUCGUCAUCGUCUUCCUCCAGCAGCAGUGCAAGCUCCGCGUCGGAAGAUGAGCAUGUGCGUCGUGUACUGAAGAAGCGGCAGGCGCCAGUGGGUACCGGUCCACGCAAGCUUCUGAAGUACAAGAAGCAAAAGCGGUCGCGUCAUGCAGAUCCCGAGUCUUCCCAGAGACGUCCUAAGCGCAAGCGCAAGAUUCCGCCGCCAACUAUUCCAGCGGAGUUCGACGUUUUUGAGACGGACGCGGCGGAUCCGAUUCUCAGAGGUUCCUAUGCUGUGCGCAACAAUCGACGUGCGUGCUUUGUGGGGAACUGGGGCUUCAGCGAGGACGCAUUUGCCAAUAUCGAGAGCGUUAGCCCGUUCGAGUACACUUCGCGCACUCGCGUUCCUCAAUCACGUCGCAGGGACGACAAGCGUCCAGUUUCCGGCAAGUACGCAGGGUUCUUUAAGCUGCGUCAGUUCAACGGGACGUUGGUCAAGAUCCGAGAAGAUCAAGUGGACUUGCAGUUUUUGCCCAUGCCGCCGUCGGAUGAAGAGAAUGAGGACGAGGACAUGGACGGCUACGACAGUGACAGUGACGACGAGGAACCAGCAGCCAGUCGCUAUACUGUGCUUGGCAAGGGUAAAAACCGCUUCGGCCGGUUCCUCAUCCGAGGAUAUCUAAAUCCGGAGAGCGGCCGGCUUACGGUCAAGCGUCGGUAUUUGGAAUAGCGCUGUUUGUAUAGGUGAAUUUUCGUGCAUUCGGGCUCGCUCGCUCGGUGCAAGAAGAGAAAGUAUAAUGAUGCAGAACGCAGUAAUGCAGAGUUUAUGAAGAAGAAA